AUGGCUUGGAAGAAGGUGAGCAACUACGUUUUCCACUGCUGGAACCAAGUAGGUGACGAAGAUGCCUACAUUGCAGAACAAGCGCAUCGAAUCAACAUGCUGGAUGGAAGGUUCUACGAACUUGGUGAGCGUGUGACUGAGACAUGCAACGAGCUCAGUAUGACUCACGACCACGUGUCCGGGGUGCACACGCAUUGGUUGACGGAGGUGGUUUCCUUCGCAGCGGAUUGGGAAGAUGACAUGGAGGUUGAUGCUGACAACCCCAGCGUCGGCUACGGACAAUCCAUACAAGAGAUGUACGAAACUCUGAAGCAGGAACAGCGGCUCUGCUUGAUUGAUGGUGAGAUUCGUGAUGCCUCUACCAUCCAAAACCUGAUGCUGGCAGUGCUGCAGACGACCCAGAUUGGUCUGCCAGCAGGAACAGCCAGACCUCUGAGGAGCCGAGUUGCCACGACCUUCAGUGACAUGGCAGCUACGGCCAGAAACCAACAGAGAUGGGAGAGCGCAGACAGAUUUCAAGCACUGGCUGCAACCUACAGUGGAUGA